CAGGAGCGCGGGGGCCGCGCGGCGCAUCCUGCGGGCGGCGGCGGGGCGGGCGCGGGCCGCGGCGGGCGCAAGAUGAUGAAGUUUCGGUUCCGGCGGCAGGGCGCCGACCCGCAGCGCGAGAAGCUCAAGCAGGAGCUCUUCGCCUUCAACAAGACCGUGGAGCAUGGCUUCCCCAACCAGCCCAGCGCCCUGGCCUUCGACCCCGAGCUCCGCGUCAUGGCCAUCGGCACCCGCAACGGGGCCGUCAAGAUCUACGGCGCGCCCGGCGUGGAGUUCACGGGCCUGCACCGCGACUCUGCCACCGUCACCCAGAUGCACUUCCUACCUGGCCAGGGCCGCCUCCUGACCCUGCUGGACGACAGCAGCCUGCACCUCUGGACGAUUGUCCAUCACAACGGCUGCGCCCACCUGGAGGAGGCACUCAGCUUCCGGCCGCCUGGCCGGCCCGGCCUCGACGGCACCAGUGGUCCCCUCGGCCCCUCGCGCGUCACGGUGGUCCUGCUGCUGGCUGCCAGCGACCAGGCGGCCCUGGGCACUGAGGCUGGCAGUGUCUUCUUCCUGGACGUCACCACGCUGACGCUACUCGACGGGCAGACCCUCGGCCCGGACGAGGUCCUGAGGAGCGUGCCGGACGACUACCGGUGUGGGAAGGCGCUGGGCCCCGUGGAGUCGCUCCAGGGCUACCUGCGGGACCCUGCGAAGAUGCUCGUUGGCUAUAGCCGCGGCCUGCUGGCCAUCUGGGACCACAGUGCACGGCAUGUGGACCAGGUCUUUCUGGGCAACCAGCAGCUGGAGAGCCUGUGCUGGGAGCGCAGUGGCCGCACCGUCGUCAGCUCCCACAGCGACGGCAGCUACGCCGUGUGGUCUGCGGACGCCGGCGGCCCCUCGGUGCCGCAGCCCACGGCAGCCACUACACCCUACGGUCCCUUCCCCUGCAAAGCCAUCAACAAGAUCCUGUGGCGAAGCUGCGAAUCCGGCGGCCACUUCGUCAUCUUCAGCGGCGGCAUGCCCCGCGCCAGCUACGGCGACCGCCACUGCGUGAGCGUGCUGCGGGCCGAGACGCUGGUGACGCUGGACUUCACCUCCCGCGUCAUCGACUUCUUCACGGUGCACAGCGCCCGGCCCGUGGACGAGUUCGACGACCCCCAGGCCCUGGCCGUGCUGCUGGAGGAGGAGCUGGUGGUGCUGGACCUGCAGACGCCCGGGUGGCCGCCUGUGCCCGCCCCGUACCUCGCUCCCCUGCACUCGUCGGCCAUCACCUGCUCGGCCCACGUCGCCCACGUCCCCGCCAAGCUGUGGGCCCGCCUCGUGAGCGCCGGCGAGCAACAGAGCCCCCAGCCCGCCUGCAGCGCCGCGGGCUGGCCCAUCACUGGGGGUCGGAACCUGGCCCAGGAGCCGUCACAGCGGGGACUGCUGCUGACCGGCCACGAGGACGGCACCGUGCGCUUCUGGGACGCCUCAGGCGUGGCGCUGCGGCCUCUCUACCGACUGAGCACGGCCGGCCUCUUCCAGACGGACUGCGAGCAUGCCGACAGCGGGGCCCAGGCCACGGAGGAUGACUGGCCGCCCUUCCGCAAGGUGGGCUGCUUCGACCCCUACAGUGACGACCCGCGGCUGGGCGUGCAGAAGGUUGUGCUCUGCAAGUUCACUGCCCAGAUGGUGGUGGCUGGCACUGCGGGCCAGGUGCUGGUGCUGGAGCUCAGUGACGUGCCCACCACGUUGGCGGUCAGUGUGGCCAGCGUGGACCUGCUCCAGGACCGCGAGGGCUUCACCUGGAAGGGCCACGACCGCCUGAGCCCGCGCCUGGGCCCGCUGCCCUGGCCAGCCGGCUUCCAGCCCCGCGUGCUGGUGCAGUGCCUGCCACCGGCCGCCGUCACCGCCGUCACGCUGCACGCAGAGUGGGGCCUCGUGGCCUUCGGCACCAGCCACGGCUUCGGCCUCUAUGACUAUCAGCGCAAGAGCCCCGUGCUGGCCAGGUGCACCCUCCACCCCAAUGACUCCCUGGCCAUGGAGGGGCCACUCUCCCGGGUGAAGUCGCUCAAGAAGUCACUGCGGCAGUCGUUCCGGCGCAUCCGCAAGAGCCGCGUCUCGGGCAAGAAGCGGGCAGUCAGCGCCAGCAUCAAGCUGCAGGAGGCCAAUGCCCAGCUGGCGGAGCAGGCCGGCCCCGACGUGGAGAUGACGCCCGUGCAGCGCCGCAUCGAGCCCCGCUCGGCCGACGACUCGCUCUCGGGCGUCGUGCGCUGCCUCUACUUCGCCGACACUUUCCUCCGAGACGCUGCCCAUCACGGGCCCACCAUGUGGGCGGGCACCAACUCGGGCUCCGUGUUCGCCUAUGCACUGGAGGUGCCGGCAGCGGGCGAGAAGCGGCCGGAGCGGGCGGUGGAGGCCGUGCUGGGCAAGGAGGUCCAGCUGAUGCACCGGGCGCCCGUGGUGGCCAUCGCCGUGCUGGACGGGCGCGGCCGCCCACUGCCCGAGCCCUACGAGGCCUCCCGGGACCUGGCGCAGGCGCCUGACAUGCAGGGCGGCCACGCCGUGCUCAUCGCCUCCGAGGAGCAGUUCAAGGUGUUCACACUGCCCAAGGUGAGUGCCAAGACCAAGUUCAAGCUGACGGCCCAUGAGGGCUGCCGCGUGCGCAAGGUGGCGCUGGCCACGUUUGCCAGCGUGGCAUGCGAGGACUACGCCGAGACCUGCCUGGCCUGCCUCACCAACCUGGGCGAUGUGCACGUCUUCUCAGUGCCCGGGCUGCGGCCCCAGGUGCACUACGCCUGCAUCCGCAAGGAGGACAUCAGCGGCAUCGCCUCCUGUGUCUUCACGCGCCACGGCCAGGGCUUCUAUCUCAUCUCCCCGUCGGAGUUCGAGCGCUUCUCCCUCAGUGCUCAGAACAUCACAGAGCCGCUGUGCUCCCUGGACAUUCGCUGGCCCCACGAGGCCCCCCGAGCCAGCCACAGGCUCCAGGAGUCGCCCAAGCUCAGCCAGGCCAACGGGACCCCACGCCUCACCCUGGCCCCCCAAAGCUGUGAUGGCAGCCCAAGUCCGGCCCGCAGCCGGGGAGCAGGGGACCCAGUGAAGCCGCCAGAGGUCGCGCUCUCACCCACAUCCAUGGGCUCGGCCACCAGCGCCGACACUACCCUGGACACAACGGGGGAUGUCACAGUGGAGGAUGUGAAGGACUUCCUGGGCUCUUCCGAGGAAGCUGGGACGAAUCUGAGGAACGUGGCAGAAGACGAGGCCCGCACCUGCACCAUCCUGAUCAAAUGAGGAGCUGCAGUUGGGGGCUCGAGGGGCCCUGGUCCAGCUGGUCAGCUCUGCCCCAGCGUGCCCUCCCCACCCUCGGCACCUCCUGUAGGCCCUGCCCCCCAACCCCCACGCUCCUGCACCUGCAGCCCGGCUGCCUGCAGGGCGGCCCAGCAGGAGGCUCCCCCAGACGGCUCCAUGGGGCCCCGUGUGAGACAGGGCUCCCCGCCACCCCUGGGCGUCCCACGUGAGGUCAGGCCAUGGGAAGGUGAAGUGGCUUGGGUCCAGCCCGUCACGCAGAUGAGGUCACCACGGUGAGCUGACCUGGCUCCGCCACACCCCAGCUGGCUGCCUGGGGCUCUGUCCCCCAACUGAGACCAGGGGACACCCCAGCCCCAUUUCCCAGGCCCUGGCGUUGGGAGGGCAGGCCGUGCCGACCCGUCUCCUCUCCCCCCCAGGGAGGCUGCUGGCCCUAACGCAGACCCUCUCCUGCCACUGCACGGGCUCCCGCUGGGCCCCACCGUGCCAGCCCUGCCUCCUCCGGGCAGUUGGGGCCCUGGGGCCAGGUGUGGGGGCAGAGGACGGGCAGCUUGGCUGCCCGCACUGCCCCCACUCCACACACCACCUUCCCCAGUCCCUUUGUAAAGAGUAGAGUAUUUUUCUAACACAGGCUGGGCAUCAGUUUCUACGACUAUUUUAGUACUUGCUCCUGGCCUAGUCCCCAUCCUGGGGGAGCACACACGCGUGCAAACACACACACGUGAUUGGGCGCUCCAUGGGGGCAGUCUGGAUGGAUUUCCUUGUAGCUUGUACCUUGGGAUUUUUUUCCUGCCAUUUUGUUAAAAUUAGCACUGUUUUAAUAUUAAAAGUACUGCUUUUUAAUACUGAAAAUAAAGGCAUUUACUAUCUCUUA